AUGGCAUACCACUCUUCAUCCACCAACGAGGCCAUCCAGGCCGAGCAUGACUUCGCGGCCCACAACUACCAUCCGCUGCCCAUAGUCUUUGCCCGCGCUCAAGGAACCUCCGUCUGGGACCCAGAGGGCCGUCACUACCUCGACUUCCUUUCGGCCUACUCUGCCGUCAACCAGGGUCACUGCCACCCCAAGCUGGUCGAAGCGUUGGUUGAGCAGGCCUCGCGGUUGACUCUUAGUUCCCGCGCCUUCUACAAUGACGUUUUCCCUCGGUUUGCGGAGUUUGUCACCAAGUUCUUUGGGUUUGACAUGAUCCUACCUAUGAACACCGGUGCAGAGGCUGUGGAGACUGGUAUCAAGGUCGCCCGCAAGUGGGGAUACAAGGUUAAGGGCAUUCCGGAGAACCAGGCCCUUGUGCUGAGUGCUCAGAACAACUUCCAUGGUCGAACAUUCGCUGCCAUUUCUCUCUCCUCAGAUCCCGAAUCUCGCGAGAACUACGGCCCAUAUCUCCCCAACAUCGGAUGUACCGUCCCCGGAACUGAUAAGCCUAUCGCGUACAAUGACAAGGCCGCCUUGCAUGAGGCAUUCGAGAAAGCCGGUCCCACUCUCGCAGCCUUCCUUGUCGAGCCCAUCCAAGGAGAAGCCGGCAUCGUCGUUCCCGACGAUGACUACCUCCGCGAAGCCCGCGCCCUGUGCGACAAGUACAACGUACUCUUAAUCUGCGACGAGAUCCAAACCGGAAUCGCCCGAACAGGUAAACUGCUGUGCCAUGAAUGGAGCGGAAUCAAGCCUGAUCUGGUGUUGUUGGGCAAGGCCAUCUCUGGCGGAAUGUACCCUGUGUCCUGCGUCUUGGGCCGCAAAGACGUCAUGCUGACUAUCGAGCCUGGUACGCACGGGUCGACCUAUGGUGGCAACCCGUUGGGAUGCGCGGUGGCUAUUCGUGCGCUUGAGGUUGUGCGGGAUGAGCAGAUGGUUGAGAAGGCGGAGCGAUUGGGCCACGUUUUCCGCAGCGGUCUGCAGGCCAUCCAGAGUCCGGUUAUCGAGUUGGUGCGCGGCAAGGGGCUGCUCAACGCCAUCAUUAUUGAUGAGUCGAAGACGAAUGGACAUUCCGCUUGGGAGCUGUGCAUGUUGAUGAAGGAGAAAGGUCUUUUGGCCAAACCAACUCACCAGAACAUCAUCCGCCUGGCACCGCCUCUCGUCAUCACGGAGGAAGAGAUCCAGAAGGCUCUGAAGAUUAUCGAAGAUUCCGUUAAUGAACUUCCUAAUCUCAGGGGCUCGGCUGAGGACAAGAUCGUCCCCCCUCCGGAAAGAGAUGUGAAGAUUGCACUUGAGAAUUAG